UUCAAUUGCGCCUUUAAAUACUUUAGAAAAUCGAAUUGAGGUUGAAAAUGGUACACUGAGCAACAGUCGUAAGAUUUGGAAGCAGAACAAAACGAAAUAUUUACUUGAUAUUAUAUCUAUUUAUUAUCCACAAAUUAAAAAUGCAAAAACAAAAAAUUCAAAAGGACAAAUAUGGGAUGAAAUUACAUAUUGGAACAGGUUAAUUUCUAGUUAUAAAGAUUUUAAGCAUCACAAUAAUCAAAGUGGUAAUGAUAGAGUUGAAUUUGACUACGAAGAAGAGAUGGUUAAUAUUUUGGGUGAUGACCCAUCAGUUAAACCUCACUAUACAAUGGAUUCGUUAACAAUCUCUAGAAAAAGAAAAAUUUAUAGUAUCGAAGAUGAAGAGAACUUUUCUGAAGAAUAUGAACGCAAUGCUUUAAUGGAAAAACAAGAACAAAAUAAAUUGGAAAUAGUGAAGAAGAAUGAAGAAAGACAUAAGAAAAACAAACAAAUUAUGGAGAAGAUGUUAAAUGUAUUAACCGGUUUUUUAGACUUAGCAAAACAAAAUCAACAAAAAUAG